AAAAGUCCAGUGUUUGUGUUUUGAUUGUCAAUGAAAAACAUACCGAAAUGAUUUUAUCAUAAAAAUUCACAAUUAAAUCACUUUUUGUGUAUCCUGGACAAUGGUGGAAGUGUGGAAGAAGGAUAUGACAACGUCCUUUGAGAAAAUAUGUAGAGUGUGCUUGGAGGAAUCCACAGAUUUGCUAUCAAUCUACUCGAGAUACUGCAUUGCAAUUGAAAAUCCCAGCAAUGAAGAUUCUCCCACAAUUAUGGAUAUGUUGAAUUCACUCGUCAAGCUCAACCGAAGCCUCAGUCUUCCCAAUAAUGUCUGCAUUUCCUGUGUUCAUGAGCUCACGAGGGCAUUUUGCUUCAAAGAAAAGUGCGAGAAGAAUGAAAUAGCCCUGAUAGCAUGCCUCAAUCAGGCAACAGAAGAAGAGGAAGAGAAAAAAGACAGUCUCCUUGGACAGCAAAUGCCUGAACCACAAACUCUCGAAGAACUUAGCAAUUACUUGAAAAUUGAAUCUUCCGGCUAUGAAAAUAGUCAAACCUAUGAGACGAGUAACGAGAUCAAAGAUACCUCCAGUGAGCAGCAUUUUGUGAUUGAGGAGACAUGCGAUGUCAAAGAGGAUUCAAUGGUUGAAAGUCAAUCAUUUACCCCUUUGAAGGAGACACAGCCGGCAGGCUCGAGUCUGGGUAUAAAAUCUGAAUUUAGCUGUGCAAAAUGUGGCUCAUACUUUGCCCGACGAAAGUCUCUGAUGAGACAUCAAAAGACCAACAAGUGCCAGGAGAUCUCUUUUCAGUGUAACAUUUGCAAUCGGGUUUUUGUGCGAAAGAGAAAUCUUGUUCAGCACAUGGGUACUCACAGUACCAAAGAUAAGCCCUUCAAGUGUCCAGACUGCCCAAAAUUAUUCUCCACAGAAGACCAACUCACCUCCCAUGCAACAACUCAUAAAGGCCUGAAGAAGCAUCAAUGCAGAGAAUGUGGAAAAUGUUUCAACAUGAUCUCCUCCCUUAAGGACCAUCUGAGGAUACACAGUGGAGAACGUCCUUUUCUCUGCUCGAUUUGUGGCAAGGGAUUCAGCCAAUCGACCAAUUUGAAACAGCACACAAUGAGGCACAAUAAAUUCAAGCCCUACAAGUGCGUAACGUGUGAGAAAACCUUCGUGAGCAAAGGAGAAUUGGAUGCUCACAUGAGGAAACACUCAGGGGAACAUCCCUUCGUAUGCGACACAUGUGGAUCGGGAUUUACAACUUCCAGCUCUUUGGUGAAACACAAAAGAAUCCAUACUGGUGAACGCCCUUAUGCUUGUGACUUCUGUCCAAUGCGAUUUACAGCAUUGGGAACCCUAAAAAAUCAUCGAAGGACUCACACAGGAGAAAAGCCUUACGAAUGCAAAUUCUGUGAACGUUCUUUUGCCCAGAAGAGUGAUAUGGUAUCCCAUACAAGAACUCAUACAGGUGAACGUCCCUAUGUAUGCAGAGUUUGUGGAACAUCUUUUCUGCAAUCCAGCACACUUAAGACUCACAUGAAGACGCACCAGAACACACAACAGAAUCUCUCCAGCAAUAUUGCUGUAUCUGUAGCCAGUACAGAAAAACGCGGAAAAAUGGGCAAAACCAAAAGCCAGGAGAAGAAAAAGAGACCUCCAACAAGAAAAGAACUCCGGAAACAAAAGAGACAGCAAAAGAAGCGGGUAAAGCAUGAAUUCUUUUCCAAGAAGAAAAAACUGCCUGAAUUGAGAGGCGAGAAGAAGGUUAGCAGGAAGAGAGCCCCUCAAGCCGAACCUGACAUGUCAGAUGAAGAGAUUCCCUCAGACGAUGAGAUUGUGUCAGCCCCAGAGCCUAGUUCUACUGGUGAGAAGCCCACUAUUAUUGAGAAUCCUAUGGAUCGAUUUAUAAAAGCUGCAGAAAAGAAGAAUAAACUUGUGAAGGAGAUUACUAGUGGAUCCAGGAAGAGGAGAAUUGAACAGCUGAAGGCAGAAAAUGAGAAAGAAGAUCGCCUAAUUCGUCAAUUAGAAAAAAAGCUGAAGAUUGAUAAAAAGAAGAGCGACAGAACUGUGCCAAAAUGCUUCGAUGAUGGAUUUGACUAUAUUCUGGAACUCUGUCUUCCGGAAAAUAUUGACAAAAUGUAUAAGGCUGCCAAGGAAGCAGAUGAUCUCGAUGAUGAAAAUACCAGUUCACUUACUAAUGGGAAAAAUAUGAAAAAGUCAAAAAAGGAAGUGUCCGAAGACGUGAAAGAAAGUCGUUUGAAGGAAGCAGAGAAGAAAUACUUCGGAAGCGACAGUGAACUUGAAUCGAGAGAUUCAGAGAGUUCAGAGGGGGAGGAUCCGGAGGGUAAUGAAUAUUCAGAUAGUGACUCAGAUUCAGAAGAUGACCAAGAGUCUCACAAAUACGUUCGAGCCCCAAAAUAUGAAUCUGAUGAGUCAGAAAAUGAAGGCUCGGAUGCUGAGGAUUCAGUUGCCGACGGUGAAUCUGAGAGUGAUAAGGAAGAAGCUCCAGAAGAUAGCGUAGGAGCAUCUGAAGAAGAGGAAAACUGCGAGGACAUCUAUGGCCGGAAGAGAAAUCGGGAGGGAAAAGUCGUAACUGAAACGCCUACAAAUGGAAAAUACAUCCCACCGCAGUUACGAGCCAAAAAAUCCAGUGAUUUGUCUGAAAGUCCUGAGAAGCAAGAAAAGCUCCAGAGACUUCAGAAGCAACUAAAAGGAUGGCUCAAUCGUCUAACUGAGACAAAUCUGCAGAAAAUAGCCAAGGACACUGAAGAUCUCUAUAUGAAAAAUUCUCGUCACGAUAUGAAUCACACUAUCUGUUCCCUAAUCCUCGAGUCUAUCAUCACACCAAUUGCUGCUGCUGAACGAAUGAUCCUCGAACACUCUCUAUUCAUUGCUGUUCUGCAUGCCAAUGUUGGAAGUGAGGUUGGUGCCCAUUUCCUGGAAGCUCUCGUCGAGAGAUUCGAUACGAAACUCAAUCAAAUUGAAUCUUACGAUGUAGAGAACAAGGAACUGGACAAUGUAGUUGUAUUCCUCUGUCACCUGUACACUUUUCGGAUAUGUCAGCAUGGCCUCAUCUUGGAACUGCUAAAGAGACUAAGCAUUCAACUGAGUGAAAAGUGUGUUGAGUGUAUUCUUGUGAUAUUCCGCGCUGUAGGAUUUGCCCUGAGAAAAGAUGAUCCUGCAGCUCUGAAGGAUUUCAUUGGAGAAAUACGCGAGAAAGCAGACACCCUUCCGGAUGCACUAAAAGACAACACAAGAAUGAAGUUCAUGCUGGAUAUUUUGGUAGCUGUGAAGAAUAACAAUAUGCUCAAGAUUCCUAACUAUGAUCCCAGCCUGGCUGAGCACUUACGAAAGGUUCUCAAGGGAAUUCUGAAGAAUGGCAAAUACGUUACAACACUCAAUAUCACCUUGGAUGAUCUCUUGAAUACGGAUCAGAGGGGAAAAUGGUGGAUUGUGGGUUCAGCCUGGACUGGAAGGCAAUCUGAGGAUCAAGGGACUUCCAACAGGAAAAAGGUCCAACAAUUCAGCGACGAAGUGUUAGAGCUUGCCAAUACACACAGAAUGAAUACAGAGGACAAAAGGAAUGUUUUCUGCACCCUCAUGACAGCCACCGAUCAGACUGAUGCCUUCAAUCAACUUAUAGAACUUUCCAUUAAGGAUCUCCGGGUGAUUGCAUCAAUUCUCAUCUAUUCGUGCAUCUGUGAGUCAGUGUACAAUGCAUUCUAUGCCGUUGUGGCUGAGAAAUUAUGCUUUUUUGACCGGAAAUAUCGACUGGCCAUUCAAUUUGCCGCUUGGGAUAAAAUUAAGAUUCUGGGUAAACAUACCGAUGCUCAGAUUGAGAACUUUUCGAGAUUCAUUGCUCAUCUGAUUGAGGAAGGAGCUCAGCCUCUUUCAAUCCUCAAAGUCAUUGAUUAUGGUGAGAUUGAGAGGCCAACUGUGAAAUUUGUUAGGAGAAUCCUGCUAUCUAUUCUCUUGAAAGAUGAUUACACGUGCAAAAAGGUAUUUGAUAAAAUUUCCCCAAGUGCUCAAUUGAAUCAAUUCAAAACCAAUUUGAAGCUCUUCCUGAAUCAUUUCCUGCUAAAGAAAGCCAACAAAUUGGACUUACCUGAGGACCAACUGGAGAUGGUAAAGAAGAGGAUUGCAAUUGCUGAGGAUUCUCUGUCAGCAGGCUCAAGGAUGCCCAUGGAGGUGUCAGAGGUGUUGGAUUCUGAAGGAAUGAGUGAUUCUCAGGGAAAAAACCAGAUAUAUUCUUUACAAGACACGUGCAGAUGCUGCCUGGCACAGUUAGAUCUCAAUGGAAUCGGCAUUGAGGGUGAAUAUGUCCAAGAAGCAUCUCAGGAAAAGAUCAUCCAGCAAUUUCAGUAUCUUCAAUUGAAGAUUGGGCUGGAUGAUGGAAAGCCUCAGCGAAUUUGUGGUGGUUGUUUCAGUAAUGUAAAAACUGUAUCUUCCUUCCGGACACUCUGCCAGAGGUCCCAAGAAGUCCUCGAAAAGCAUUUCUUAAAUGGUGCAGAAAGCACAUGUGGAGAAAUCUCAGAUGAGAUUGCAGAAGAAAAAGAACACGAGGAAGAGAUUUUAAUCACAAAGCUCAAAGAAGAACCUGCGUUAACUGCAAUAGAUGAAAGAGUGGAGGAGAUCAAAGACUGUGACGACAGGACUGAUUGUGCGGAAGGGGAGAGCAAAGAAAAGGCAGGAGCAGGCUGGCAAUGGCUCACAGAUGAGAUUCCCGAACUUCAGGACGACAAUGCUGUGGGCCAAAGUGCAGCAGAUGAGAAAACAGAAUUUACUUGCAACGUCUGCUCAAAGUCCUUCUCAGAAGAGUUGUUGCUCCUGGAACAUGUUAUGGAUCAUCCGACUAAAAUAGAUCAUCUCAUAACGAGAUAUGUCGUGUGCCAUCUUUGCAAUGCGGAAUUUAAAGGAAAAGGGGAGCUCAAACUUCACAUGCGCACCCAACAUCCCAAAGAUCCCAAAGACAAACACCACGCUUGUCCAAUAUGCCAGAAAACUUUCCAAAGUAUCUCAAAUCGUAAUACCCACAUCCAGUCUCACAAUGAGAACAACAGUUUCAAGUGUUCAAUUUGCGGUCAAGGCUUCAAGAGCAAAGUGUACAUGAAUAAGCACAAGAAGUCCGUUCACGAGGUCACUGAACAUGAGUGUCCGCACUGCCUGGCCAAAUUUACCAACAAAGUCAAAUUUGAGUAUCACCUAAAGUCUCAUGAUCCAAAUAAGAAGCACAAAUGUCGCUACUGCGAAAAGUCCUUCAUCCAGCACCAUCAUCUUGUCAAUCAUGAGCGCACUCACACCGGAGAUCGACCGUUCCUCUGUAAUUACUGUGGGAAACAUUUCAAACAGGAAUGCAACUUCAAGCUCCACCUUCGCUAUCACACUGGAGUCAGACCAUACGUUUGCAACAUUUGUGGAAAAGAUUUUGUACAAAGGGGCUCGUUCGUGAUGCACAUGAAGCAACAUUCUGGCGUUAAAGAAUGGCAGUGCGAGCAUUGUGGGAAGCAUUUCAUACAGAAAUCCAGCCUAACUGUUCAUCUAAGAACUCACACUGGAGAGCGCCCCUUUAAGUGCGACUCGUGCGAUCGUUCAUUUAUUCAAGCACAGCAACUCAAGUACCACAAAUAUUCAGCCCACGGAGGACCUCCUAUAGGAAAGGCUCGUGACUCAUCGUCGGGAAGUCAGGAGCCACGGCCUCAUCCCUAUAUUUGUCAGCUGUGCAACAAAGGUUUCAAACUCCCAUCGUCCCUUUCAAGUCACCUCAAAGUCCACACAGAAGUGCGCAAGCAUCCAUGUCCACAGUGUGGAAAUUCCUUCAAACGUGCCGAACAUUUGAGGAUCCACAUAAAUGGUGUUCAUCUGAAGCAACGGCCCUACGACUGUCCGCUGUGUAGCAAGACUUUUGCUCAAUCUGGCGACCGGAAUAUCCAUAUGCGUCGUCAUACUGGGGAAAAGCCCCAUACUUGCUCUGUGUGCAACAAGAGCUUCAGACUACUCAAGGCAAUGCGAGCCCAUGCAAGAAUUCACACCGGGGAGAAACCCUACACAUGUGAAACUUGCAAAGUCGAUUUUAUGACCUACACAGCACUGGCCACGCAUACCAUUAAACAUGAAGAUGGGACAUUGCCUGAUCCCAAGGGACAAAUUCAAUCCGAACAAAAUCAACUUACAUAGACUUAGAAUUUAACAAAAAAAAAAAAAACAUAAAUGUAAUAGUGAAAAAGAAAAACAAAAAUAGUUUUGGUGAAUUAA